AUGGCAGAAGACUCGGGGCGGGAGCAAAGACAAUGGCCGUCGGAGCACUAUCAUACCUUCACACCGAUUCAGAAGAUUGGCGACCAAAAGUUCGACAGUUUUGACACCGACACCGUCAUCUCUAACGAACGGCCAUGGCGAGGACAGAUCAAAGUCGAGGCCGAGCGGGUCGCGCAACGUGCCGGGAGACUUCUGGGCCAGGACCGCGACGAAGCAGGCUGGCGGUUUGCUCUUGAAAACGAUUUGCUUCACAGAUUCCACGUGGAAGUUGCGUGGUAUGGGCUCCCGUUCGCCUGCAACCAUUGA